CAGGCCGCCGCACGCGGGGGGAGCACAGGGGUCGUACGGCUGCUUCUUGACAAAGGUGCGGACGCCAAUGCUCAAGGAGGCCAGUAUGGGACUGCUCUCCAGGCCGCCGCAUGGAGGGGGAUAAAGGAGAUCGUGCAGCUGCUUCUUGACAAAGGUGCAGAUGUCAAUGCUGAAGGAGGUGAAUACGGGACUGCUCUUCAGGCCGCCGCAUUGAAAGGAGAGACGGAGAUCGUGCGACUGCUUGUUGACAAU